CCAAUCGCAUCGGCAGACAGACAGCUAUCUUCCAAAAUGGCUGAACAGCAGAAGAAAAAGUUGGAAGUGGUGCAGACUCUGGACAGUGAUGAGUCGUGUCAGACAUUUGUCCUUCAUGAUGAGGAUCACACCCUGGGAAACGCCCUCAGAUAUAUGAUCAUGAAAAACCCUGAUGUGGAUUUCUGUGGCUACAGUGUGCCUCAUCCCUCAGAACAUAAAAUCAACCUCAGAAUACAGAGCAGAGGUCCUCCAGCUGCAGACAUCCUGAGACGAGGGUUAACAGAACUGAAUGCCAUGUGUGACCAUGUGCAAAAUACAUUUGAGGGGGCUGUUGAAGAAUAUAAGAUGAACCAGGCAAUGCAGCCAGCAACAGAGAACACUGAGCCCAUGGAGACUGGAUAGCAACUUAAAACCUUUAAAAUAGUGCCACUUUGUAUUAUACAAUACUUUAACCAUGAGAAGACUCAGACUUGUCAUAUGAUUUUUAUGGAUAUUUAUAAGUGUUGGUCCGAUAGUCCAUCUAAUGUUCUACUCUCCAAGCAGAUAUUGGGAGCUAAAAUCGUUAUGUUUUUCUAGUUUCCCAUUUCUGUUAAGAGGUAGUUUGUGAUAGAACCAGGCAGCUAGGAAACUGUAAAAUUUUGCCUCUCUUCAUCUGCUUGGAGAUUAUGUAGCU